AUGUUGGAAAACCCAUUUAUUCAAUAGGUUGUGGUUUUAUUUAACCUGAUAAAAGACCUUUUUGGAGAAGGCUGCCAAAAGUAAUCCAACCAAGUUUUGGAGUUGAGUAUGCUUAAAAUAAAUACUUUUCUACUUUAUUGGGAUACAACUGGAUAGGAAAGGUACAGGGAGAUUUUAUUGAAGUAUCAAAAUGCUUAUAUAUAUUUUAAUCAUCAAUAAAAAGCAACAGGAGUUUAUUUAAUUUAUGAUAUCACAUAAAUGUCAACUUUUGAUGAUGUAAAAUCUUAGUUAGACAAGGAAGAAGUUAUCAUAUUAAUUUGUAAUAAAUUUGAUAAGGUGGCUGACAAUAAUUAAUCAAGAGAAGUUUCAUUAGAAAAAGCAUCAACUACUAUUCAUGGAAGUUAGUGCAUAUUCAGAUGA